GCUUCGGUUUUGUGUGUGUGUUUGUUCUUCCCCCACCCCCACAGCUUUUGGCUGCUCCUUUCCGUUUAGAUCCUUAUUACAGGCGACUCCAGUGCGACUAACUUCAAACGAAUAAGCAAAGCAACCCUCUCCUGUUUCUCAUGGUCAAACAUUGACCAAACAAACUUAAUCGAGAUUGAAGUAAUCGAGUAAACAGCAGCAACAACACUGAUUCGGCCGUGGAACGUUCCCGGGAGGGAAGCAUUGUGACGUCAGCGCACCUACUAAUCCUCCCAAUUGAGGGGGAGCCUGGAGCCAUGAGGUCAUCGCAGCGGCCAGUGUAGCCAUCCGGGCGGCGGCAGCGGCGGGGGAGGGGAGAGCAGAGAGCGGAGCAGAACGGGCAGCGGGCCCAAGCGAGGCCGACUGGGAGCCUGCCGCCGCGCUCCAGCUGUACUGAGGCGGACGCCGAGCUCCUGCAAGCAUGGAGGAGGCUGAGGCGAAGGAGCUGCAGGUUGGCUCCUGGCUACCCGUGCUGGUGGAGCAGAUGGUGAACGACACGUUGGUGGUCACCUUGAGCUGCGGGGAGAGGCGCUUCACUGGAAUCCUCCUAGACUGCACUAAAAAGUCUGGGUUGUUCUGUCUUCCACCACCUUUGUUGCCAAAGCAAGAGGAACCUCCUGCUGAUGCUUGCACUAACUGGGUUCCUGAAGACAGACAGCCUGUGAAGGGUGAGACUGAGUCACCGUUUUCUAGUGAAAAACCUCCCAAAGGAAACCAUGAUGAACAGGUUCCUCCUCUUUUGCCACCUCCAUCACCAGGCAAUGUUCCUCCUUACCCUCCCUAUUUUGAGGGAGCUCCUUUUCCUCCUCCCUUAUGGUUAAGACACACGUAUAACCAAUGGGUUCCUCAGCCACCACCAAGGACUAUAAAGAGGACAAAAAGACGGUUGUCACGAAAUAGAGACCCAGGAAGGCUCAUCAUGAGCACUAUUAGACUGAGGCCCAGGCAAGUGCUCUGUGAAAAAUGUAAAAACACUCUGAACCCAGAGGAAGCGAACAAAGCCAGGCAAAAUGCUAAAACAAGGAGGAAGCUAAGUAUUCAGGACAAGGAGCAAAAAAAGCACAGUGAUUCUGAUUAUGUGGAGAAAAGGAAUAAAAGAGAAAAGAGGGAGGAAGACAAAUUUUCUGGGGAAUUAGUGCAUCGAACUCCAGUUAUAAAAAUAUCCUACAGCACGCCACAAGGUAAAGGCGAAGUUGUGAAAAUUCCCUCCCGGAUUCAUGGCUCGGUUAAACCGUUUUGUCCACAGCGGAUAUUGCAGAAUGGAGGGGAGGACCAAGAGGAGAACAGAGACUCUGAACGAUAUCAGGAAACCAAAUGUUUUAUGGAUAAGUCGGCAAGCAGCCAACUUGCUUCCAUUCCAAAACUGAAAUUAACUAGGCCUGUGCAUUCCAGUGCAGAUGUUCCACCUCCCAAAAUCAGACUGAAACCUCAUCGAAUAAAUGAUGGUCAGAGUGUUUCCAUUUAUAAAGCAGAACUUAUUGAUGAGAUAAAUGACCUUCAGAGUAGCAGGGAGUCCAAUCCUUCUGUAUUUUACACUGAUGAAUCUGCAGAUAGAAGUUUAGCAGAGAUGUCUUCAGGGAGUUCAGGUGACGAUGAUGACUUCAAAAGAUUUCCCCAAGGUAAAGAUGGACAUGAUAACUUGGCUUUUCUUAUGAAUUAUCGUAAAAGGAAGGCAGAUUCUUCUAGUUUAUCGGUGUGUAGCAAUGACAGUCUAGAUGAAUCCAAAUCCUCUAGUUCAGAAGUAACAUCACCAGAAAUGUGUGACUUUUUACCUGGUGAUGAUGCGUCUGUCUCUUCAUCUUCAAAAGAUGAGCGUAAAAUUGUGCCACCAUUAACAGUUAGACUACAUACACAGAGUGUCUCUAAAUGUGUCACUGAAGAUGGAAGAACUGUUUCAGUGGGGGAUAUUGUUUGGGGUAAAAUUCAUGGUUUCCCAUGGUGGCCGGCACGUGUUCUUGACAUAAACCUUAGCCAGAAGGAAAAUGGAGAACCUUCCUGGCGAGAAGCUAAAGUAUCAUGGUUUGGUUCUCCAACAACCUCAUUCUUAUCUGUUUCAAAACUCUCUCCUUUCUCUGAAUCUUUCAAACUGAGAUUUAAUCGUAAGAAGAAAGGGAUGUAUCGGAAAGCUAUUACAGAAGCUGCAAAGGCAGUAGAGCAUCUGACCCCAGAAAUAAGAGAUCUCUUAACACAGUUUGAAACAUAACUUUGCCUCCAGUACCAGGUAACAGAAGAUAAGAGCACAGCUGUUCUCCUAGAGUUUCAUGAAGUCUGUAAACAUCCUGACAUGCUCCCCAGGAGAAUCUUGAGGUUGCCAUGCAGAUGACAGCAGGAUGAGUUUCCUUGUCAGAUUGCACUGCUUAUCUGUGAAGAGUGACGGGCACCUGGACUGGAGUUAGGAGACUCUUUUGGUGUGAGGCUGACAGGAAAGUCUUAAGGAUAUCUAACCGAAAACAAGAGAAUUGACGACAAGUAAAGCAGUGAACUAGGAGAAUAGUGAAUACCACAACUUGGAAUGUAUUUAUUACUUAAAACUAGCUACUCUUGAUAAAAUCCCAAAAAUUAUUGCUGCUGCUUAUUUUACUUACAGAUUUCACACACUUGUUAAUUUUAAAGCUACAAAACUUUUACUAUAUACUGUAUUCUAAGAAAUGUAAUUGGAGCAGGACAUGCAAUAGAAUGAAAUCAGUGUAGUGUCUUAAGUACAAUGGACUCACUUUUGUGUCAAUUAAAACUUGGAAAAUGUGCAACACAA